AUGACAAUAUUUUAUAAGGAACAUUUGGGGGGGAAUUAUUAUUUUAGCAAAAUAUUUUCAUAUAUAAUAUCAUAUAUUUAUAAUAAAAAUAAUUUUUUUAAAAAACGAACAAUUAAAUAUGAUGUAUUUAGUAAUUACAAAAAUAGUUUGGGGUUGAAAAAAAAAAGAAAUAUAAAUGAGAACAAGAAAAAAAAUAUCGUUGUUCAUUUUCCUACUAAUGAAAUUUGCUAUUUUUAUUAUCAUUAUUUUUUAUAUAUUUUAUUACCACAAUUUACUUUUUUAAAUAAUUAUGAAAAAAAAAAAAUAAUUGAUAACAUUUAUCUAAUUAGUAAUAACAUAAACGAUACUACAAACAGUCAUAUAUAUAAUAAAAUAAAGGUGGAAAAUUUUAACAUCAUUUUUUGUACUCAUAUUUUACCACAAACAAAAUAUGACUAUAUUAAUAAUUUGACAUUAUUUUUGGAAAAUCAAUUUUUUAUAAAUUUAUAUAAUAAAGAAAUAUAUCUCAAUAAUGAGCAAAGAAAUGAGAACAAGAAUCAGGAUAAUUAUAAUACUAGACAUCAUGUAGAAAAAAAAAAAAAAAAAAAAAAAAAUAUAUUUCCUCUAAAAAGGAAAGAACACAUUUGUAAAAAUAACAAAAUUAACAAUUUACCAUUUUCCAAUCAAAAUGAAAUAAACAAAUUUUGUAAUAACUUUUUAUAUGUCUCUUACAUUUCUAAUAACAGUUUUGAACAAAAUAAUAUUAGAAUUAUUCGAAGAAAAAAUAUAUUUAAUUCAUUUAUAAAAUAUAAUAACAUAAUAGAAAACAUAAAUUCAAAAAUACACUGGAUAAAUCAUUAUUCUUUUUAUGAAUUUUAUUCCAAAGCAUAUCUUAGUUUUCUUAAUUAUAGAAUGUCUAUAUUUAAGAAUAUUAUAAACACACAUUUUGAAAAAUUAAAUAAAAAACAAAAAAUAUUUUCGAAAAAAAAUAAACAUACAAACACAUUACGUCUUUUUUUAAAAUAUAAAAAUGUUUUAUUAAAUUCGAAUAUAUUUUUUAAUUUUCCUAAACAAAUAAUAUAUUUGGAUCUUAAGGAUGGUGUUAGUUUAUAUAUAAAAUAUUUGGAAGCACUUGAAAAAAUUUCUGAAUUUCCAAAAAAACAAAAUUUGAUAUCUUUAUCAAUUCCAAUAAAUAGCAUAUAUAAAUAUAAUAAAAAAAAAAUAAUUAAAGAAAUUCAAAAAUAUAUUAACAUACACAUAUGGAAUAAUAACCAAAAAAUGUUAUUUUAUUCAGGAUUAGAAAAUAUUAAAUUUCGAAAGUUUUAUAAUUAA